AUGACCUUCAUUACUACUUCACGUCCGUCAAUGCUCGUUCCGCUUCCUACAUUACUAUUUGCUGCCAUGAAAAACGAAAUCUUCACCACCAAAGAGAAGACGUCACUGAACCAAAAGUGCAAAGAACCGUUACGUCACAUCCUAUCAGUGAUCAUCGAUAUCUUUUUGUUGCUCUCCCUCCUCCCUGAAUUGCGUGUUGCGAAUAUCACUGACCACCAUCGUAUUUCCUCGACGCCUCAACAAAAUUCAGUCCCAAAUUCACAAAAUUCAGUCUUGGAAAAGUUCGAAAAUGCAAUUUCUCCAAGAAACAAACGGAUAAGGCAACAGAAACAUCGCGAAUUCUAA